AACUGCCUCCGCUCGCACAUCAACCUGACCGAGACCGAGUAUGCGCUCGCCAUGAUCACCAAGGCCGGCGUCCCCGCGAGCAAGAUCGCUGUGGGCAUCGCCGGCUACGGACGGAGCUUUGGCCUGGCAGACCCGGGUUGCACCGGGCCCCACUGUCUCUUCACGGGGCCGGAAUCGACGGCCGAGCAAGGGCCCUGCACGGGCACCGCCGGCUACAUCGCGCAGGCCGAGCUCGACUCCCUGGUGUCGGGGGGCGCCGCGGCGCCCAGCGACUCGGACAUGAUGACCUACGGCGGCGGCACGUGGGUGUCGCACAUGAGCCACGCCACCAAGGCGUCGCGCAUCAGCCGGUACGCCAGUUACGGCUUCGCCGGCUCGGUCGAGUGGGCCGUGGACCUGGCGUAG